AAUAUUACAAUCAUUGAAAGUUUAGAUAACUCCAGUCUCCCUUGAGUUAUUUGCAACUCGUGAUUCAAGUCAGGAAACAAAUUGUACAACCUCGACUUAUUCUCGUCUCACAUCAGUAGUGUUCAGUCAACAUCGUAAUACUCAAAAAUUAUUGAAAUUUCAAGAUGCAGGCCUUACAAUGGAAUAAAGUUGAUAUGACCUUGAAGCAUGUUACUGCUAAAGUCCCGGAGGUUACUGAUGACUAUGUUCUGGUGGAGGUUUCACAUGCUGGAGUAUGUGGAACCGAUCUUCAUAUUAUGCAGAAAGAAUUCCGGUCAUCUGAUCUUGUAAUUCUUGGGCACGAGUUCUCCGGAAAGGUUGUUAGAGUCGGAAAGAACGUAAAGAACGUGGCUGUUGGACAACGAGUCGCCAUAGAGGUCAAUUCAAUUUGUGGAGGUUGCGAAUUUUGCAGACGUGGGAAACCGCAUUUCUGCAAGGACGGCUUGGCUCAAGCUAUUGGUGUUAUGGUUGAUGGCGGAUUUUCUAAUUUCUGUUUGGUGCCAGGUACUCAGGCGAUCCCAAUUCCAGAUUCUUUACCGCUGGAUAAAGCUGCUUUGUGUGAACCCUGCUCUUGUAUCAUCCAUGGUUACGAGUUGCUAGGGAAGGUGGAAGAUGGCAGCAACAUUUUAAUCAUGGGCGCAGGAAUCAUUGGUCUACUUUGGGCGUCCAUGUUACACCACCGCGGUUUCAGGAACGUUACCAUGGUAGAAGUUGCAGAUGGCAGACGACAGCUUGCCAAGGAUGCAGGACUGGGAUUUGACGUCCUUCACCCAAGUGCCCUGGAGGAAAGUUUCAAGGGAAAAGAAGCCAGUGAAGACGGGUUUGAUAUCGUGGUGGAUUGUACUGGCAAUUCAAAAGCAGUUGAAAUGGCCUUCUAUAUGCUGAAAAGUGGCGGGAAACUGCUCAUAUUUGGUUGCGCGCCACCUACUGCCGAAAUUAAAGUUAAGCCUGCUCAGAUUCAGUUCAAAGAAUUAUCGAUAAUCGGCGUCCAGAUUAACCCGUAUUGCUUUACAAAAGCCGUAACUCUGGUCAGCGAUAUGGCGGACAAAUACCUAGACUUCAAAAGACUUGGAAUUGAAAUUUUCACUUUGAAUCAGUAUGAGACGGCCAUUUCCAAAUUGAAAGCCGGGCAGAUUUCGAAAGCGAUGUUCUGUGUGAAGAAAGAGUAACUAUAGUUGAUCAAUGUGUUAUCGACCUUAGUAGCCUUCAUUUAACGGACAAUCAUAUAAUAUUAUCUAAUAAUAUGAGGAGAUAGUGACUAAUUAACUAACUUAAUUAAUGCAUGUGUAACACAUAUAAAUACUAAUUGUAUCUCUAACUCACAGCUGCUUUAUAGUAUGUAACAAUAUGGGGUGAAUUAAUUAUAAUUGACGUUAUCUUAUCCCACCUGCAAUGAACGUCAACUCGCCUGUAAUUAACGUUAUCCCGCCUGUAAUUAAUGCUAUCCUAUCUCUCAUGCAAUUAACGUUAUCUCGCCUGUAAUUAACAUUAUCCUAUCCCCCCUGUACUUUACGUUAUCUUAUCCCGUCUGCAAUUAACGUUAUCUCCCAGUAAUUAACAUUAUCCUAUCCCUCCUGUAAUUAACGUUAUCUCCCAGUAAUUAACAUUAUCCUAUCCCUCCUGUAAUUUUCGUUAUCCCGCCCGAAAUUAACGUUAUCUCGCCUGUAUUUAACGUUUGCCUAUCCCAAAUUCAAUUAACGUUAUCCCGCCCGAAAUUAACGUUAUCCCGCCUGUAAUUAACGUUAUGCCGCCUGUAAUUAACGUUAUCCCGCCUGUAAUUAACGUUAUCUCGCUCGUGAUUUACGUUAUCCUAUCCCGCGUAUAAUUAACAUUAUCCACUCCCGUCUGUAUUAACGUUAUCCCGUCUGUAUUUAACGUUAUCCUAUUCCUCCUGUAAUUAACGUUGUCCCGCCUAUCAUUAGCGUUAUCAUAUUCAUCCUGUAAUUAACGUUAUGCCGCCUGUAAUUAACGUUAUCAUAUUCCUCCUGUAAUUAACGUUACCCUAUCCCUCCUUUAAUUUUGCCUGUAACUAACAUUAUUCCGCCCGUAAUUAACGUUAUCCCACCUGUAAUUUGCGUCAUCGUACCUGUAAUUGCUACUUAUAUUUGCUAUACGUUCAGAUUACAUAAUGGUUUCUAAUUCUAAUAUACUUGACAAAUGCUUUAUAUCAUUUUCUUCCAAGGUUUUUGUUUUUUAAUUCCACAGAUAUACCUAAGUCUCUGUUAAAAUUUAUUUUGUAUGCAAUAAACUGAAUG